AUGAGUUACUUCCUGUCUUACUGCAAAGCCCACGGCGCUGCACUGCUUACGGGCUACCAGGCCCUGCGCGCAGAGGGCUUCCUGUGCGACGUGACACUGGAGGCCCAGGGCAUCGAGUUCCCAGCGCACCGCUCGCUUCUCGCGUGCUCCAGCGACUACUUCAAAGCCCUGUUCAAGAGCCACACCCGCGAGUCCCGCGAGCGAGUGAUCCACCUGCACGUGCCCUCGGCUGCCGCCCUGCAGCGCCUGCUGGACUUUAUCUACACCGCUUGGCUGCCACUAUCCCUGGAGACCUUGGAGGACACACUGGAGGCGGCCAGCUACCUGCAGGUUACCGAGGCGCUGGGGCUGUGUGGCCGUUACCUGGAGCGCCAGCUGGCCCCGGACAACGGUUGCUUCGCAGCUAACGUGGCCGCGCGCUUUGGCCUGGCGCACGCCCUGGGCGCGGCCGAACGCUGCAUCAUCCAUCACCUGCGGGAUCUAAUAGCGCAGGGCCCCGGCUGCAGCAGCCCCACCGGGCUGCUGGAACUCAACCCUUCUUCCUUAAAGGUGGUUUUGGGUGCUCCCGACGUGGCGCGGGUGCCCGAGGCCCAGCUCCUGGGCCUGGCACUCGCCUGGCUCAAGCAGGAGCCAAAGGCGGAACGCCUGCCCCACUGCAAUGAGCUGCUCGCGCGCAUUCGCUUCGGCCUGGUGCCUGCGCCCGUGCUGCGGAGCGUCUACUCCGGCAGCGGCCUGGCGUUGCCCACCCGGAUCAAAUGCCUUAUCAUCCAGGCCCUCAACUACCACACGGCGCCUUCCCGACAGCCGCUCCUCCAGGGAGAGCAGACGAGAGUGCGGAGCCCCCAAACCCGCAUUCUCUUGAUCGGGGGGCGCAGAGCUCGGGAGAUGGUGGUGGAGGAAGUGGUGGCCCCGCAGCCUCGGGCAGCCAGGGGAAGGGGCGCGGCAGUAGAGCCCCAGGAGGCCCGGGAGGGAGGAGAGGAGGAGGAGGAAGAGGAAGAGGAGGAAGUCAGGGAGGAGGAGUGGGAGCUCACCCGCGACGUGGUGGCCUUCGACGUGUACAACCAUCGUUGGCACAGCCUCACGCAGCUGCCCGCGCCACUGCUGGGCCACUGCGUGUGCGUCGUGGGCAAUUUUCUGUUCGUGCUGGGCGGGGAGUCCACACCGGGGGCCGGGGGCCCGCGAGCGGUCAGCGCCCAAGUGCACCGCUACGACCCGCGCUUUCACGCCUGGACGGCGGUGCCCGCUAUGCGGGAAGCUCGCGCCCACUUCUGGUGUGGCGCAGUGGCCGAAGGGCUCCUGGCCGUGGGGGGCCUGGGCGCGGGCGGCGAGGCGCUGGCCGCGGUGGAAAGAUACGACCUGCGCUGGGACCGCUGGACCGAGGUGGCAGCGCUGCCGCGGGCGCUGCACGGCCAUGCGGGCGCCGUCGGGGAGCGCGGCCUGGUCUACAUCUCCGGGGGCAAGGCCGGGGGAGGCGGCGAGGGCGGCUCGAGCAGCCUCCGGGACCUGUACGCCCUGGGUCCCGGGGAGCACGCGUGGAGCAAGAGAGCCCCAAUGAGCACCGGCCGCUUUGGGCAUCAGAUGGCGGCGCUGCGCGGUGCGGUGUUCGCCUUUCUCGGACGCUAUGAGCCUUUCUCAGAGAUAGAGCGCUAUGACCCGAGCACUGAUCAGUGGACUCGGCUGCGGCCGCUCCCCUACGACCGGUUCUGCUAUGGGCUGGCGGUGGUGGAGGAGACCGUGCUGUUGUUGGGCGGCCUCAAAUGGCGAGACUCGCGCCAGGUGCCCACCCGCAAUGUGGUGGGCUACGACCUCGACUUGGACCGCUGGGAGGACAUCAGCUGCGCGCUGCCCUGGGCCUGGAGUGGCCUGCAGUGUGCGGUGCUGCAGCUGGCUGAGGGUGGGGAUGAGAGGGACUGGGAGGCAGAAGGGCCUGAUUUGGUGCUGGACGUCCUAGGCUAG